CGACGGAGCCGUGAACCGGAACCUCUGGCUCUUUCUUGUGUUACUCCACGGAACUCCUUCAAUGUACACCGCGAUGGCUAAAGUGAAAACACACGUGCCGCAGCUUGGUGAUGACGCAGUCUCUAAGUCUGAGGACGACAAUGACCAGAGUGGUUCGGAAGGAGAGGAUCUGGACGAAAGGUUAGAUGAUGGAUCGAGCGACGCGGGAGAAAAUGACAGCGGCGGCGAAGAGAGCGACGGGGAGGGCGGAGACGGAAGUGAUGAGGAGGGCGGAGACGGAAGUGAUGAGCAGGGCGGAGACGGAGGUGAUGAGGAGGGAGAGGACGGUAACGCCAACGCCGGAUGGGCCGAGGCGAUGGCAAAGAUCCUGGGGAAGAAAACCCCCGAGAGCAAGAGCACCAUCCUGGUGAAGAACAAGGAACUGGUCAAGAUCAAGGCCAAAGAAAAACAGGAGCAGAUGGAGCGGAAGCAGCAGGAUGACAAGAAGCGUGCGUGGGAGAUGAUGUUUCGAGAGAAGCCAGACGUGGUGAAAGACCGUGAGACGGAGCGAGCUCUUCAGAGAAUAGCUACGAGGGGAGUGGUGCAGCUUUUCAACGCCGUGAGAAAACACCAGAAAACCGUGGACGACAAGGUGAAGGAAGCCGGGGGCUCGGAGAGGAAGAAGGUCAAGAUUCUGUCCUCCGUCUCAAAGAAAGACUUCAUAGACGUUCUGAGGAGGACGGAGGGAGGCGGCAGAGUCUCUGUCAAGACUGAGAAGGAAGCUGCGGGUGACGCGGAGGACAAGUCUGGCUGGAACGUCCUCAGAGACGACUUCAUGAUGGGAGCCAGCAUGAAAGACUGGGACAAAGACAGUGACAAGGAAGAGGCCGAUGCUAACGCGGGGGGAGGCCUGGAAGCGAGUGAUUCAGACUGACACCUGACUAAACUCAGUCUGCGAUGCCUUCAGUGACACUCUGGGUGCGUGGGAAAGAAACCGUGACUGAGCCUUCACAUCUGCAUCUGGACGUAAACACGCAGUAAAAAUAAUAAAACUGUUCACACAGACUUAGAAAACAUUUUAUAGCAUCUGAUGAGCCGUAGCUAAAGGUUCUGAUGUUUUUGGCUGAAUCUGUUUUGCAGAGACUUUAAACUCUACGGUAAAGAAAUGAACGGAGUUAAAUAGAAAUGGAUUGAAGCCGUGAGCAUGGAGCUGCAGGUUCAGCAAAGUUUUCUCCUCUGUUGUAGACAAAAUGUUUUUAUCUCAGACUGGUGGAGGUCAGUAGUUAAACAAGUCUCAUUCGUUGCUUUGAUGAACUCACUGUGCAGCACAUGUGUCUGGAUGUGGACGACAACGUCUUGAUGGUUUCAUUGUAGUGUGAGUGGAGACGCUACGGUUUAAUUUGAAGAGAAAAGGUGCCGUUGUUUUGUACACAGUCCCCUAUUUUCAGGGGCUCGUUUGUAAUUAAAAUAAAUUUAAAAAAAGGCAUAAGUAUGCGAAUUAGAAGUUCAGUCCUAAUCUGUUCGUUCUGUCAAGAGUCUGUACGUCCUCUGUUGUUGUUGUAGUUUAUGGAUCUGUUUCAUUUUUAUUUUAGCUAAAUAUAUUCUGUACAAGCUGUGGAACAAGACAGUGAUCCUCCAUAGGACACGUCUACGGUUUUUUAUUGUCAUUUCAACCAUAGAGUCGGAUGAGCCAUAACAUUAUGACCACUGAAAUAAAUAACGUCAACCAUGUUGUGAUA